AUGUCUGACUCUGUGCGUGCGCAAAAUAUACGUAUGAAACGCGACCAUGGGAAACAUAGCAUGGUCCGGCGGCAGCAACCCGACUUCAACUAUGUGAACAGCAUUGCAACCAUUCAAAAUCCAAACGAUGCCAUUAAUGCUGUCUUGGGCCUUCCUGGAGUCGGGGAUAGUUCACAGUCAUGGGCGAAACCAGAAAACGGACUUCUCAAUCCCAAUACCGACGAUGGUGAUAGCACCCAGGUGGUGUGGUUUUCCGAUGUCCCAUUCACACAACCGCCGAAUAACGAUGGCUAUGCGGAUGGAAAUUGGAAAUCCAUCCCUGACUACAUUUCUACGCAGGCAUUAAAUUUCACGCUGAAUACGACCUUUGCCGUUACUGACCAGCAAUCGAGUGAUGUGCCAGGACAACCUGUUGUGCAGCCAUUCUAUGUGAACCAAAAUUAUGAUCCAACAAAAAUUAAGCGGGCAUUGAUUGUUUUCCCGGGUAAGCCGCGUGAUUCUUGGAAGUAUGCCACUCUGUUUUCGAAUGCCUUGAACGCUAUCUUGACCAAGCAGCUUUACAAUAUCAAGCCCGAAGAAGUUCUUAUUAUUGCGCCUGCCGUGUUGAACACUGAUGAUAAGGAUGCUAGUGAUUCUCAGGACGGCAGUCUGGGAGAUAACUGGCUGAUCUACAAAGGCUCGAACUGGGAAUCGGGCGGUAGUUCGAAAGCACCGACACUGAACAACUCGAUCACCUUUUACUCGAUGCUGGAUCGUUUCGCUACGGAGCUGAUGAACCAAACAAAAUAUCCGCAGUUGAAAAACCUUGUUUUCGCCGGACACUCUAUGGGUGGCCAAGCAGUCGCCCGUUAUGCAAUGUUGAAAAAACAGACAAAGUAUGACGGCAGUAUCAAGUAUUGGAUUGGAAACCCAGGUUCUUGGGCAUGGGUUUCUUCGUCAACAGACUCUACGGCGAGUGACAGACCUAACCCAAAUCCUGCUGAACCUUGUCCAGACCCGAUGCAGCGCGAGAGGUGGCCAUAUGGCAUUGGUAAUCAAUCGAGCAUUCCUAAAUACGCGAGGAAGCGCUAUACAAACAACGGUCUCGGCUAUACGGAUGUAUUUUUGAACCGUACAGUUCAUUAUUCGUUGGGUUUGCUAGACAAUGGUGCUGGUAGCACACAGUGUGAGGCACAGUACCAGGGCGGCACACAUUUGCAGCGUGGCGCCUAUUUUGCGAGCGCAGUCGGGAUUGCGCACGGAGAUAAUAUGCUUCCUCCGACACACAAUGUUUCUUUCAUUGCUGGCGUCUCGCAUCAAGACUAUCCCAUGAUUGCUGCCACACAGUCUCUUGAUUUCCUCUUUGGGCAAGACUAUGACAAGCCCCGACAAGAUACUUUCGGUAUUCACAAGACACGUCCUCCCAAGACUCCGUCGAAUUCUCCUUCUGAUGGCGACGAAGAAGAGGAUUGGGAGUCGAGCACAUACCGCACCGUUGCAUGGGUCGUGCUGGUGGUAAUUAUUGUCAUUCUCAUUGUCGGAUUCUUUGCGUUUGACCGUAUUUUCAAGCCAAACACACUGGAUUGGGAUCGCGACUACUGGGAGGCUACGGAUGCCAAGCAGCGUCUCUUGUAA